AAAUACAGGGUGUCUACAAAGCCACACAACUCAAACCGAUAACACAAAUUUAAAUAAAUUCUCAAAGUAUAUUCAUUUCAAGCGACUACAAAAUUGAUAUCGUAAGCUGCGUGGUCUGGGGGGUGCAUAAUGAAGAUUAGUUGGCGAACUUUUCCGAAACUUUUCGUAGUUUUGCCCAUUCUGCAUUAUGCGCUAUCCAUGUUUACAAGCUCCGAGUCCGAGGAGCACCAUCGCAAAAAGGAAUUGGAGUUCAUUGCAGAAAAAGACAAAAAGAUUCAGUUAGUGGAACUUUCAAGUCUGAGUCAGAAGUGACAACUCAAAUGGAGCAGUCUGUAUACAGAUAUUGAAUGCUUUUUUUUUGCUGGCACAUUUGUUUGUGCUCAGGAAGUAAAUGUGCACAAAUUACCCCCUCGGCGAAAAGAGAAAAAGUUAUCGAGAAGAGUUGCAAAACGGAAGCAAAAGUCAAGGUGCAAAAGAAAAAUCAUUACACCUGUUCUUAACCGAAGCGAACCGAGGCAGACCAUAACGUGGCAGUGUCUGUGGCAGUCUCAGUGGCAGCGGCAGAGUGAGUGUAGAAAGCGUAGAAAUCGAACACAGGAUGCGGAUGGGGCAGAGACACGAAACGAAGCGUCGCCUGCCGUAUUUUUGGUUAAUUUUUGGCUGCAUUUCGAUAAAGGGCUAAGAAGAAUGAAGCGAGCGUGUCUACUACCCUUUGGUUGGGCUGUCUAGGGUUCUAUUCGGUUGGGCUUUGGUCAUGCUGCACUGAGCACGCGUGUUGCAUGUUGCAUGCGGCAGGCGACACACAAACUUGACUAUCAAAAUUAAUAAAACUAAAUACUCUGCGCUCCGA